CUCAUUAUGAAUUGCAACGAGCUCCAAGAAAGCGCCACUGGGGAGCGCUAUAUGAUUAAGCGGCCCAAGGCGCUGCAGUGGUUCCAUAAUGGGCGACUCGUGAAGGAGAGCGAUGAGGAGAGACAAGCAGGUCGUUUUGAGCUCUUCCUCGAUCUGUUGUAUGUCGCCAUAGUAGCGAACUUCAGCGAUGACCUCGCAGAGAAUCCAGAUGGCCAGCAUCUCGCCAAAUACAUUCUCAUUUUUGCGCCCGCAUGGCAUAUCUGGGUCGAUCUCCGCGAAAUCAUGAACUCGUACUACACAGAUGACCUCCUCCAGCGACUCAUCAUCUUAUGGGUCAUGGCGCUCUUGGUUCUCUACGCGAAUAAUGCUCGUCUCGUUGAUGAAGACUUAUCGGCAAUGCAAACGACUGCUGGCGCGUACGUCGUCGCCCGUUUCACCACCAUGUGCGCGUUUCUAGUCUGCUCUUUCGCCAGCUAUCAGCACCGCAUGCAGGCUCGUAUCUUGGCCUUUUUCAUGUUUAUAGGCCUGUUUAUCACUAUUCCGCUCUUCUUUGAAGAGGUUAGCAUUGAGGCCAAAAUCGCUGUUGUCGCUGUUAUUAUCUUUUACCAAGAGGUAACUUGGUCAAUCACUUUAAGUCCAUGGAUAAAGCGCAAAUUGAAACUUACGUACAGCACGGCGGUUGACAUUGCUCAUGAAAUCGACCGCAUGGCUGCAUUUUUCAUCAUUAUUCUUGGCGAAUUCGUAUACAGCGUCAUUGUUGGAGACCCAGCUGGGGUAGGCUUGACGCAGGGUUAUGCCAAAGCUGCUUUCACCCUCAUCAUUGCAUUCUGUCUCAAUUGGAUAUACGUCAGCGGUGAUGGGAGCUUGGAGGCAACGCAUCCAAUUCGGAGAUCUGCUUGGACGGCCUUUGGCUUCUUUCUGCUCCAUUUGCCAUUAUCCGCGUCGUUUCUCAUUGGCGGUCACAUUGCAGCCAUUAGUACACGACUAGAUGAGUUUGAAGACGGACAGCGAUGGUUACUGGGAGGAGGUCUGGGCGUCGGCAUGUUUUGUCUCUGGAUCUAUGGCAUGUUGUAUCGCACGCACGAUGAAGAUUGCCUAAUUCUGUCAAAGACGCCUCGUAUCGGCAUGCGUCUAGUCGUUGCCAUUAUUCUUCUUGCGUUGCCCGCAACAAAUGACAGCUUAUCCACCACGGAUUUUAUGGCCAUAGUCAUGUCACUCUUUGCAUUUUUGAUUAUCUGGGAGACCAUUGGAGGACUUCUCAAGGGCGCUCAAUUUUUUGAACCGUGGACUGAUCGAAAUCCGCCUAUAAGAGACGACCGACACAUGCCUUCUGUCUCUCAUAUCCGAGGCGGUCUAGCAAACGCCCGACGGGAGUUUGCCAGGCAUGUCAAUACAGCCAGCCUGCCCAAUGCUAUUCACAAGCCUGAUGAAGAAGCUCGCAGCAUUCACUAUCGCACCGAAACUUCAAUGACUUGCUCCGAUAGCUCAUCUAUUAAGACAAUAAACCACGUAGAAGACGAUAAUAGCGUUACUGACGACAUCAUCGGCGAAUGCUCGAGCUAUUCCACUGCGACACAAAAUUAUUCUGAAACAACUGCAAAAGCGACUGCAAACGCUGAAGCCACUGCUUCAAGUACCGAAGAUAUGAAUGGGGCACAAGAACCUUCCGCACAACUCUCUGCUGAUGGAGCUCAGACAGCGGUUCAGCGACUUGGAAAAGCUGCUCGCGAGAAUCCUAUGCUCGCUGCAGCUACGGUAGUCACUGGAGCUGGAGUUGCUGUCGUUGCUGUUCCCGCUCUUAUCACUGCCCCUAUCAUGGGAAUAGCUGGAAUGGCGGGAUUUACCCAGGCAGGAAUAGCUGGAGCAUCUAUUGCAUCGGCACUACAAGCAAGCAUCGGCAACGUUGCCGCCGGAAGCAUUUUUGCGACGGUACAAAGCGCUGCUGCUGGAGGAUACGGCGUGGCAGCUUUGGCUGGCACGGCUCAGGCUGUUGGAGGCGCUGUUGCUGGUGCUGGGAGCAUUGGAACAGCUUGGACUUGGUUGAGAGGCAAACCGAAAGCAGAGCCAUCAAAGCAGUAGCACGUACCAAAGAACAGGGUUGGGUAUAUAAUGAGGCGGUUUUCAGAACUACUCACUCUCAACCUUUGCAUUAACACAUAUGACAGCAUCUAGAAUCAUAAGAGCAUCAAGAUUUUGCAUCGAUAUAGAUGGGAAUAUAACAGCAGAAUCCCAUAUUGAUACAGGUGUUCUGGCAUACUUUGCAUUGGAACAGGUACAUGUGU